GACGACACGGUUGGACAUUUUCGGGGAGACCCCGGUACGCUUCUCCUCGAUCGAUAUAAAGUGUUGCGGCAGGUCGGUAUUGGUACAUUUGGUAAGGUUUUGGACUGUACCGAUCUGCGACGGUCAGCGUCCGGACCAACGUCGGAAGUCGUUGCCAUCAAGGUGGUUCGGGAUGUACCUCGGUACUACGAAUCGGCCCUGAUUGAAGCCAAGAUUGUGCGGCAAGUAAACCGCCGAGGUGGACGCGGCUUAUCCCACUGUGUCAACUUGCAUGACGCUUUUACUUUUCAAGGUCACUACUGUAUAGUAUUUGAGUCUUUGGGACCAAGUUUGUAUGAUUUUAUGAAGCUACACAACUACAAAUCCUUUCCCAUGGAGUGCGUGCAAGAUUUUGCGAUUCAGUUGUUGGAAACAUUGGAGUUCUUGCAUUCGUUUCGCCUGAUCCAUACGGAUCUGAAGAUUGAAAAUGUGUUACUCAUGAAUGCACGUGAAGUAUCUUUUUCGCACGGUGAUCGUCGACACCAGCAAUAUGUGCCGGCAUCGACCCGCAUCAAGGUUAUUGACUUUGGAGGAGCCUGCUACGACGAGGAAAAGAAAUCGACGGUGAUCAAUACCCGUCAGUACCGGGCUCCCGAAGUUAUCCUGGGAACGGGCUGGAGUAUGCCGUCUGACAUAUGGUCCACCGGGUGCAUUCUAGCAGAACUGUACCAAGGAGAACUACUGUUUUCGACUCACGACAAUUUAGAACACUUGGCCUUGAUAGAACGUACGCUGGGACCUUUUCCUCGCCAUUUGGUGGAACGCGCCAAAAAAUUGGGAGGUAGUAGUGACAGCAGCAGUCGACGAUUUGCUAGGGAAGCCUUCGACUCGAAAGGUCGGCAUCGCAUGGGACGUGUUUUGUCGUCCGAGAACGCCGCGUACGUUCAAAAAGCAAUGCCGCUGGAACGACUCAUUGCCUCGCACGACGAUUGGUUCUUGGAAUUAUUACGACGUAUGCUUGUGAUAGACCCGCAAGAACGAGCCACGGCGCAUGAGUGUUUGCAAUAUUUGACACGAGUUCGCCGGAACGUUCCGCGCUUCCUUUGA